GGGAGUUUUGUUGCCUGCAUGACUGCCAUUUUAAGGCAAAUGGAGGACUACCACUACGCUCAUUUAAUCAAGACUUUUGGGAAGAUGAGGUCAGAUGUUGUGGAUUUUCUGAUGGAAACAUUCAUCAUGUUCAAGAAUCUCAUUGGGAAGAAUGUCUAUCCCUUCGACUGGGUUAUAAUGAAUAUGAUGCAGAAUAAAGUCUUUCUGCGAGCGAUUAAUCAGUAUGCAGAUAUGCUAAACAAAAAAUUUCUUGAUCAAACCAACUUCGAGUUACAGCUUUGGAACAACUACUUCCACCUGGCUGUUGCUUUUCUUACGCAAGAAUCUUUACAACUGGAGAAUUUUUCGAGUGCUAAAAGAGCAAAAAUACUUAACAAGUACGGUGAUAUGAGAAGGCAGAUUGGUUUUGAAAUCAGGGACAUGUGGUAUAAUCUAGGUCAGCAUAAAAUCAAGUUCAUCCCAGAAAUGGUGGGACCUAUCUUAGAAAUGACGCUUAUCCCUGAAACCGAACUUCGGAAAGCUACGAUCCCCAUCUUCUUUGAUAUGAUGCAGUGUGAAUUUCAUUCUACUAGAAGCUUCCAGAUGUUUGAGAACGAGAUCAUCACGAAGCUGGAUCAUGAAGUGGAAGGAGGCAGAGGAGAUGAACAGUACAAAGUGUUAUUUGACAAAAUUCUUUUGGAGCACUGCAGAAAACACAAAUACCUUGCUAAGAGCGGCGAAACUUUUGUGAAACUUGUCGUCCGCUUAAUGGAGAGGUUGUUGGACUACAGGACCAUAAUGCACGACGAGAACAAGGAGAACCGCAUGAGCUGUACUGUCAACGUGCUGAAUUUCUACAAGGAGAUUGAGAGAGAAGAAAUGUACAUAAGGUAUUUGUACAAGCUGUGUGACCUGCACAAGGAAUGUGAUAACUAUACAGAAGCUGCCUACACGCUACUUCUGCACGCCAAGCUUCUUAAGUGGUCUGAAGAAGCGUGUGCAGCACAUCUUACCCAGCGGGAUGGAUACCAGGCUGCUACUCAAGGACAGUUGAAAGAUCAACUGUAUCAAGAAAUUAUCCAUUACUUUGACAAGGGCAAG